CUAUAAGGAAGUGAUACGUUACCAAUAAUAGGAAGUAGAUGCUGUAUCUCUGUUAAAGACGUACUCGAACAGACACGUCGACCGUUCAGAGCAACAAGAUGGUUGAAUUCAAAUGGAUUAAAAUAUCUUUAUUUCUGAUUGUGCUGCUUCAGUUUAGAGCAGUAACAGGACAAGAUUCCUACAUCAUUGUCAGAGAUGGAGAUAGUGUCACGUUGCCUUGUAAAAAUGCCAUAAAAGGUCAGGACAGAUGUGGCAGCACUACCUGGAUAUACAGUAGAUUAGAAAGUUCACCAGCAGUAGAGCUUAUUAACCUUGGAAAUAUUACUAACGAUGCCAAAACUAAAUCAGACAGACUGAGUCUUACAGUUACAGACUGUUCUCUGGUUAUAAAGAAUGUCACAGUUGAGGAUGCUGGUCAGUACACCUGCAGACAGUACGACAGAUCAGGAAAAAACAAACAAGGUCAAGACACUCAGGUUUUUCUGUCUGUUAUUAACAUUAAUGGACAUCAGGAUGCUGAUGAUACAGUGACAUUAACCUGCUCUGUGUUGAAAUAUGAUUAUUGUCAAGACACAGUGGAGUGGCUGUAUGAGGGUAUUACAGAUAAACUGGUGGAAACAAAAGGUUUCUGUAAAGCCGAAGUGACAUUUAAGACUUCCAAGGUUGAUAAGAAGUUAUUUAAGUGUAAAGUGACUGAAAGUAACGGCGAGACACGGCUGUGUAACUUCACCCCUCGGACCGCAUGUGAGAAACAGGGCAAAUCAACGGAAAUAGAAACCACGACAAGAGUGGACAACAACAACAAAAACACGUCUGCAAACAACGAUGAUGAUGAUGCAGUAAAACUACCUGUUCAUGCAGAUUGUUCUGCUCUGAUCUACAUAAUGUUGGUGAUGCGUGUGGCUGAACUCGUCCUCAUCACUGUUGUUACUGUUCUUCUCUUCAGAGCUCGAGCAGGGAACCAGAGACCACCUGAUGACCACACUGUUUCUUACUCAGUAAGAAGCAGAACAGCGAGGCGUUCAGGUCCAGCAGCCAAUCAGAUGGAUCAUGGUGAAGAUGACGAUGUUAACUAUGAAAACUUCGGAGAAAAUUCAGCAUCUGUCUGACUCCACAACUAAAAACAAACAGCUUCCACGCCGACAUCACCUAACUAAAAGAAAAACAAAAUGUAAUUAAAGAUUAUUUAAUUACAAAGUUAAUUAUCUGGAAUCAUAACAUCAUUUUGAGUCUUUUUUUAGGUGUUGAAACGCUUAAAAUUAGCUUCCAGCUUAACAAUUUAGAGUCCAUUUCAAGAUUUGACUCAUUGCUUUUGUAGUUGUAGCUUUGCCUGAGUUUCUUAUUUUUAUUUUAUCUCUUUGCAAACC